UAUCACACCCAACGCAAACUUUGCCUGUUCUCUACUUUUGCGCAAUCACUCUUUGAUCUCGUUCGUUACCAGUCAUUCAUUAAACCGUCUCGAUCGCACAAAUCAUUCGUUCUUACAAACUAUAAAUCAAACUGUACAUCUUUAAUCUUUGCGCAUCGCACCAUGCAGUUAUAUUCCCUUCUCUUGGCGGUCUUCCUGACCGGUCACACGGCCCUGGCGACCCUGCCCAUUCGCCUCGUUACUUUCAACAUCCGCUAUGAUGCUUCCGGUCGUGAGUCGGGAGAAAAGCCUUGGUUCGAUAUCUUUUGCUGGGCGUCCUCCAGCCGCUGUCGUGAACCGCAUGUUGUGAGCAUGAUCAACAGCAUUGUCAAUGAUGCGCCUUCCGGUGCUCCUACAGUCAUCGGUCUCCAGGAGGUCUUGAAUAAUCAGCUCAAGGACAUCAAGAACGACCUUGACGGCAACUGGGAUCAUGUUGGCGUAGCGCGCGAUGACGGAUCCACCAAAGGUGAAUACGCGCCAAUUCUGUAUCGCACAGACCAAUUGAGGGUGAUCGCAUGGGAGACCAAAUGGCUGUCCCCGACGCCCGAUCAGGUAUCUUUUGACAAUGUCUCUGCGCAAGCGCGACAAGAAGGCAUCAAAGUGGCCCUCACCAGGAUUCAGCAGGCGCGCGCAGCGUAUGGUCCUCUCGCCGUCUCUCUUACCGGAGACUUCAACUCUUCUCCUUACUCCGACGCCUUCCAGACACUGGCCAAUACUGGGUUUUUUCAAGGCGAGAUGUAUGACUUGGCUCAACCUAACAAGGUAUCAGGUGCGUUACGGACGACCUACACGACCUUUGAACCAGAUAGCACGCCUGGCAGCAGGAUUGACUUUAUCUGGCUGGGUGCCAAAGACGGCUUUCCAUUUACGGUCGACAAGUAUGAGAUCAUGGACAACAAUUACGAAGGCAUGAUUAUUAGCGAUCAUCGGCCUGUCGUGGGCGAUGUUACGUUACUAUAG